AUGGCCAACAAGGCAUCAUCCUCGUUCAUCCUCAUGAUCCGUGAUGGGGUGACCUCCAUGACAUCUAACACAGAUGGGGUGACCUCCAUGAUAUUUAAGACAGACGGGGUGACCUCCAAGAGGUCUAACACAGAUGGGGUGACCUCCAUGAUGUUUAGCGCCAUUUUAGGCCCACUGCUCUUUACUUUAUAUAUGCUACCCCUAGGUCAAAUUAUUCGUAAACAUGGAAUUAGCUUCCACUGUUAUGCUGAUGAUACACAGUUGUAUGUUUCAGCGAAGCCAGAGGACAGACAGAAGCUUAGUAAAGCUGAGGAUUGUGUAAAGGACAUUAGACAUUGGAUGUUAACUAACUUCCUUCUACUUAAUUCUGAUAAAACAGAAAUACUUUUAUUAGGCCCACGUGUAGCUAGAAGUAAUCUUUCUGAUCACAUGGUUACUCUGGAUGGUCUUUCUGUUUCAUCAUGUGCAGCAGUUAAAGACCUUGGAGUGAUUAUUGACUCCAGCCUAUCAUUUGAUGCUCAUGUAGAUAAUAUUACUAGGAUAGCCUUCUUUCAUCUCAGAAAUAUUUCUAAAAUAAGAAACAUAUUGUCACUACAUGAUGCGGAAAUACUAGUUCAUGCAUUCGUCACCUCUAGAUUAGAUUACUGUAAUGCCUUACUGUCUGGAUGUUCCAGUAGGAAUAUAAAUAAGCUCCAGUUAGUCCAGAAUGCAGCUGCUAGAGUCCUAACUAGAACUAGAAGGUACGACCAUAUCACACCGAUAUUAUCAAUACUGCAUUGGCUCCCAGUAAAAUCUCGCAUUAACUAUAAAAUACUUUUAUUAACCUAUAAAGCACUAAACGGUCUCGUGCCACAAUAUCUAAGCGACCUUUUGGUUUUAUAUAAUCCGCCACGCCUACUUAGAUCAAAAGAUGCAGGCUAUUUGACGGUACCUCGAAUAGUGAAGGCUACAGCAGGGGGAAGAGCUUUCUCUUAUAGAGCCCCACAGUUAUGGAACAGUCUUCCAAUUAGUGUUCGGGACUCAGACACAGUCUCAGUGUUUAAGUCUAGGCUUAAAACGUAUUUGUUUACUCAAGCCUACCCUGACUAGAUUCUGUUCUACUACUUCGCAGUCAUAAUAAUCUUUUUUCUCCCUCUCUCCUUUCGCCGAGCCCCACAUGAAUUUAUGGAGAUACUAGAGAUCCAGAUCCUUUCUGCCUCUGGAUGGAGCUCAAAUCUUCUCUAAUUCCAGACUGCUGGGACUACGGCUGCUCCUAAGGCCAUACAGACUUCAUAUAAAUCCAUAAUGAACUUUUUCACACUAUCUGUUGUUACCCAGAUGAGGAUGGGUUCCCUUCUGAGUCGGGUUCCUCUCAAGGUUUCUUCCUCUUAAAACAUCUUAGGGAGUUUUUCCUUGCCACCGUCGCCACUCAGUGGCUUGCUCAGUUGGGAUAAAUUCGCACCUUUAAUAUCUGUAUACCAUGUUGAUAUUUCUGUAAAGCUGCUUUGAGACAAUGUCUAUUGUAAAAAGCGCUAUACAAAUAAAAUUGAAUUGAAAUUGAAUUGUGUGUGUGUGUGGCAGGACAUGUGAAUUAAUCUAUUGGCUUUGCUCGGGGUAUGGCUUCGGCAGACCAAUAAGGGCACGGAUUACGAAUCUGAGAGCACGGUUUACACAUGGCUGUUUUUUUCUUUCUUACCUGACACUAGGGGGCUCUGUAGGUUCGUUUCCCCACACAAUCACUUUACUAUUGAUGGGGUGUAUGUUGUGGCUUUGUCCUAUUGUCUCCAUACUAUAGUGGCUAGACUUUUCAUUUUAUUUACUGUUAACAAUAAUUCUGGUUCUGUUUAGGAGCUGUUUAACUGCCUCUAUUCUGACUGAGUGAACAUUUCCCACUCUGAUCAACACUGGGCUUUAAAGCAGUUGUGGUGUUUUGCUUUUCUCAGCAGUGUGAUUUAAGCAGUGAGAAAGAGACAGGAGGUGCUAAACUGAUUUUGUACUGCUGAUCCAUCA